AGGAUAGAACACUUUUUUUGAGUAAAAAAACAAAAUCACUUAAGCGUAACGACAGCGCGCCGCCAUCUUGGAACAUUGAGUCUUCGUCUCACGUUACUAACGUCCGCCAUAUUGCGCCGACGGAUCUGGCGGAUCAUAUUGGUAUAUCUAGCAGACGACAGUUUAACUUGUCCGCCAAAAUUUGAAAAUAGUUUUUACCAAUAUUUAGCUAGUACAUGUAUUUAAAACCUCUGUUGCAGACGACAGUUUAAAUUGGCCGCCAAAGUUUGAAAAUAGUUUUUCCCAAUAUUUGAUUUAAGAUAGUAUUUUAAACUUCUGUAGCAGACGCUCUAUUUCAUCAUAAACUAUUUAUCUGCUGUACAGUAUUUAAACCAAUUUUCCGAUACUUUAUUUCAUUACCGCUAUUGACAGCGUACGGUUCACAUCAACACAAUCGCUUACAGAUAAAAUUAUUCGAAUUUACACACAGCAAAGAAAAUCUCUCAAUAUUUGUCGUGCAACAAUAAACAUGGCUUAUACAUGCGAACAGUGUGGAGCUAGUUUCACUAAACUAAGUCAACUGCUUCAGCACAGAAGAAUAGAGAAUCAUUGGCAAAAAUUUACAUGCCCUAGCUGCAAGAAGACAUUUAACAGAAAACAGAACUUAGAUCGUCAUAUGAAGAAACAUGCAGACGAAAAUUCUCACCACUGUCCGGAAUGCCUUAAAGUUUUUACAAGGAAAGAUGCGCUUGAUGAACAUUUUUCACAACAUGAAAAUCAAACUGGCAGUGGAAUGAAAAGAACUCAUGGUGAUAACGAACAUAAUAGCUCGGGAAAACGACAAAAAUUAACACCAAAGGAUAAUGCCUCCGAAUACUAUAACAUUGUGAAAAUAAACGAAAGACGAAUUGAAAAGUUCAACACCACGGCCUCUUACUAUAAUAUUAAAAUCAAGGACUUGGAAGUGAGAGAUUUACCAAAUAUUUUAAAAACACUAAAAGUAAUAUUUCAAUCUAUACUUACAAGAAUUACAGAACAUAUUCCAGCCAAUGAUUUAGUGAGGGUGUCCAUGGAUAACCCAGAACUGGACUAUCCGAUUGUGUUGACAUUUAUGCCAAGAUCAGCUCUUACUGUUGAUAGACUUCUCUCUGAGAUUGAACGAGUUUUACAGUCUUAUGAGCAGUUUGUUGUUGACGAGACAUUUGGUAUAGAACUGGUUCAUGUCGUAAACGUUAAAGGCUCAGGAUACAAAAUGAAACCAACAGUAGACAUUACUCAGAUGUUACAGAACAAGAAAAGUGUAAUACAAAUAAAGAAUAAGGAUGAACUUUGUUGUGGCAGAGCUCUAGCUACAGCUAUAGCUCGUGUGGAAAAGCACCCGCAGUGGGAUAUUAUUCGCCAAGGUCGUCAAAUACAGCGAGACCUGGCCAAAGAACUUCAUCAAAAAGCGGACGUGCCACUCGGAAAAUGCGGGAUAGAAGAGGUGAAGAAAUUCCAGGCGGCCCUAGUAAACUAUCAGAUCCAUGUAGUAUCUAAAGCACACUUCAAUGCCAUCAUUUAUCAAGGACCAGAGGGAGGUGUGCCUAUAUACAUCUACAACCAUGAUGAUCAUUAUGACGUUAUUACUUCAAUGACAGGAUUUUUGAACAGAAGCUUUUUUUGCCAAAAGUGUAAGAAAGGAUACCAAACCAAAGAACGUCAUAAGUGUAAUAACCCUUGCUACUUUUGCCAUAAACUUCACGAAGAUGUGUCUGAAGACUGGCAAUUUUGUGAAACCUGCAACUGUAAAUUUGUAAAUCAAACUUGUUUUGAUCUGCACAAUAAGAAGACGGAAAAGGGAAAAUCAACUUGCGAAUCGUAUUACAGAUGCAAACAUUGCAGCCAACUUAUUAACCGUUCAAAACAUAAAAAUGACCAUAUUUGUGGUGAAAAGUAUUGCGACACAUGCAAAGACUUUGUUAGUGAGAAUCACUUAUGCUACAUGCAACCGGUUAAAGAUGAUGACGCUCUAGCUGAAAAUGAUACGAAGAGAGAAAAACAGACAAAAUAUAUUUUCUUUGAUCUUGAAUGUACACAGGAUAAACGUCUUGAAUGCGCUUCUGGUUACCUGCCUGGUGUUAACAAUACAUGUGUUAAUUGUAAGAAGUCCUGGUGUGGAUCUAUGGAACAUAGGGCAAAUUUAUGUGUAGCACACAGGGUUUGUAGUACUUGUCUGCAUCUUGACGUUACCUCGUCUUCAAAGUGUUCACAAUGUGGUCCAAAUGAAUGGGUGUUUUCAGGUUCAAAUACCAUUGAGUCAUUCUGUAAGUGGUUAUUCACGGUUGAAAAUAAGGGUGCCACAGUUCUUUGUCAUAAUUUCAAAGGGUAUGAUAGUUAUCCCAUCAUGAAAUUUUUGUAUGACAACGCCAUUCUGCCCGAGGUGAUAACAACGGGAUCAAAAUACAUGUCCAUUGUAGUACCUAUCUUUCAAAUAAGAUUCAUUGACUCUCUGAAUUUCAUUCCAAUGGCCCUUGCAGACAUGCCUAAAGCUUUUGGAGAAACUGAACUGGCAAAAGGGUACUUUCCUCAUCUAUUUAAUACGACGGAAAAUUACUCGGUAGAACUUGAUCAUCUGCCUGACAUUAAGUAUUACAACCCCGACAGCAUGAGGCCAGAAUCACGUCAGAAGUUUUUAAAGUGGUAUGCUAUCAAUAGCCACAAACCCUUCUCACUGCAGACAGAAUUAUUACGUUACUGUCAAUCUGAUGUUGAUAUUCUUAGAAAAUGUUGUCUAAAAUUCAGAACACUGUUCAAAGAACUCACUCAAACAUCGGACAAUGAUGGAAUAGACCCAUUUGAGAAAUGCAUUACAAUAGCAUCAGCUUGUAAUCUUGUUUUUAGGAGUCUUUUCUUGAAUCAUGAAACUAUUGGUAUCAUCCCGUCUCAUGGUUACCGCCCCGAGGCCAAACAGUCAGUCAUGGCUUAUCAAUGGUUAUCCUACCUUGCAUUUGAAAGGCAAAUAUAUAUCCAACAUGGCCGAAAUAAGGGGGAGAAACAAAUAGGACCAUAUAAAGUUGAUGGGUACUAUGAAACAGCAGAAGGUCAAAAAGUUGUUCUAGAAUUUCAUGGCGAUUUCUGGCAUGGCUGCCCUAAAUGUUUUUCUAAAAACACAAUUAAUCGGGUGAAUGGAUUAUCCAUGUCUGAAUUAUAUACAAACACCCUUGAUAAGCAAACGUAUCUUGAAUCUGAAGGGUAUAUUUAUGAAAGUAUAUGGGAAUGUGAUUUCAAAAAGAAAUUAGAGUCCAAUCCUAUCAUGAAAAAGUACAUCGAAUCUUUGGAAAUUGUGUCCCCGUUAGAACCGAGAGAUGCCUUCCAUGGUGGACGCACUGAAGCAUUUAAAAUGUAUGCAAAGUCCACGGCUGAUACUCAGAUUAAGUACUUUGAUGUCACAUCUCUGUAUCCAUUCAUCAAUAAAACAGGGAAAAUACCAUUAGGCCAUCCAAAUAUAAUCACUGAAAAUUUUAAGAAUAUAAGCUAUUACGAAGGGUUAAUUAAAUGCAAAAUUCUACCUCCAAGAAAACUGUAUAUUCCCGUCCUGCCAAACAAAUGCAAUGGUAAGCUUAUGUUCACUCUUUGUCGCACCUGUAGUGAAACAUAUAAAAAUGGAGAAUGUCCCCACGGUGACGAUGAAAGGGCCAUUACAGGCACUUGGGUCACUGAUGAAGUUAAGAUGGCUUUAUCACAAGGUUAUAAGUUACUUACCAUUUACGAAGUUUGGCAUUUCACUGAAAUAGCUCAAUACGACCCGUGUACCAAAACAGGUGGGCUUUUUACAGAAUAUGUGAAUACUUUCUUGAAAGUCAAACAGGAAGCCAGUGGUUGGCCAGACUGGUGUGAAAAUGAAAAAGACAAACAAUUGUAUAUUAAGCAGUAUUUUGAUAAAGAAGGUAUUUUACUAGAUUAUGAUAAGAUUGAAGAAAAUCCUGGUCUGAGACUUUUAGCUAAAAUUAUUCUUAACUCUUUCUGGGGGAAAUUUGGACAACGUUCCAACCUUACGCAAACAACCUUUAUUGAUGAUCCAUCUCAAUUCAUUGAUAUGAUGACAUCUGACCAACAAGAAAUCAAGAACGUACGUUUUAUAAAUGAUGAAGCAGUCCAGUUAGACUGGGCAUAUAAUACUGAUUUCAUAGAAACAUCAGGUAGAACCAAUGUUGUUGUGGCUGCAUACACAACCGCUCAAGCCCGUUUGAAAUUGUACAGUUAUUUACAACCAUUAGGUGAAAGAGUUUUGUAUUGUGAUACCGAUUCUGUUGUGUUCACCUCUGUACAGGGUGAGUGGGAUCCUCCAUUAGGUGACUUCCUGGGAGAUUUAACGGAUGAAGUUCCAAACAAUCAAAUAACUAGAUUCAUCACCGGGGGGCCUAAGAACUACGCAUAUUGUUUAGAAAAGCCAAACAAAAAAGGUCAAUCUUCAAUUUGUAAAGUCAGGGGAAUUACGCUAAAUUUUAAGAAUUCACUGGACAUUAAUUUUGAUACACUGAAAGAUAUGGUAACGGGACAGAUGCAAAAUCAAUGCGUUAAAGUUGUGGACAGAAAUAAAAUCGUUAGAAACAGAGAAAUGUGUCACAUCAUAACAAAGACAGAAAUAAAAGACUAUAAAAUUGUGUUUGACAAGAGAGUGAUCUCUGAAAACUACAAUUCGUUCCCUUACGGUUAUUAAUAAUAUAUUGAAAAUCACAAUAUUAAGUUUAUUGUAGCACAGGAGUCUGAAAUUCUAUCAAUAAGCCACAGAAAGUCUAUCUUAAAAAAAAAACACCCCCCUCUAUAGACUCCUGUGAUUGUAGCGUAUUUACUUGAAAGUAUAUGCAUUGUAUUUAUGUAUUUUACAUUUGUUUCUUGCAUAUUCUAUGUUGUAAUAACUGUAAAUAAAAUACGUCUAAAGUCACAAAAUCUGGUUCUGCUUUUUAUGUUCGUUUUAUUUACCCCAUAGACUGUAGGUUAAAGCAUGUAGACAUCUCUACGUCAACUUUACAUAGAAAAUAGCGUUAAACAAAACAGGCCGUUUGUAUGUAGAGUGUACGCUUAGUUUCAGCAUGGUUGCAUUUCAAAAGGCCGAGUAAAAUUAUUUUUCCUCUAAUAUGAAAUACUUAUUUUACUUCACUGAGGGUUUAAACCGCCCUAUACCUUUAAUUGGAAAAAGAACGUCUGCUACAGAGGUUUAAAAUCCAGCUUAAAACAAAUACUUUGUAAAAAGAUCAAAUUUUGGCGGACAAGUUAAACUGUCGUCUGCUAGAUAUACCAAUAUGAUCCGCCAGAUCCGUCGGCGCAAUAUGGCGGACGUUAGUAACGUGAGACGAAGACUCAAUGUUCCAAGAUGGCGGCGCGCUGUCGUUACGCUUAAGUGAUUUUGUUUUUUUACUCAAAA